CCUCCAGGCGCGGACACGAGGAAGACCCUUGCCGCCCUCCCCGGCGCACCCAAGGUGGACGCCGCCCCGAAGCAGCUGCCAGCGCCCGUGCCGACGCCUCCCCCAGAGGCGGCGCCGACGCCCGCGCCGGUGGCGCCGGCGCCUUCCACGACGGAGGGUGGCUCGCGCCUGGGUUGGGCGCGCGAGCUGCGCCUCGCGAGGGAUAUGGCCAGCUUCCUGGAGGAGGUCGACGGGCCCGGCGGCCCAGGGCACGGCCGCGCGCGCGGGGCGCCCUCGCCACCGGCGCCGCCAGGCGGGCGGGCGGCGCCGCGCCGCCGCAUAGCGCGGCG